GCUCAAGCAGAGCCAGUUCUCGCUGAGCCUCGUCGCGGUCAGGCGGCCACUCUUACUCUCGCACGGCUUUUCGGUUUCCUGGUCGCACUCUCGGUUUCAAUCUUCCGUUGGUUUCUGCGCGAGAUAAAUACGCGAAACGGAAUCUCGUAAUCGUGAUUGGUACAUAGUGUCUUCAUUGAUCGUGUUGAGAUGUGUUACGUCAGAAGCACAUGCAAUUUCUGAGAAGAAAUAAGUCCUCUUGAAGAUAUAAUGCCACGAGCAGUUAUUGUUACAAUUCAAAAUUGAUCGUAUCGUUGAUCAAUCAAUGAUUAAUGAUUCACGUUUUUUAGUGUAUAUCAAAACGCAUAAUUAUUUUUUGCUAGUUGUCUUUAUAAUUAUUGUUUACCAGUUGGUUUUGUGAAAUAAUCGAACGCGCAAUAGACUAUUAAUUAAAAAUAGAACAUUUAAAAACGUAUUCUGAAGGAUCUUUACUGCUAAAAGUUGUCGAGGGAAUAUUUCAGUAUCUUGUAGAAGGACAUGCACGAAUACAGUUGGACAAGAUAUACGAAGAUAUGAGCAAUGUAAACAAGGAAAUGACUUAAGCAAAGGAGAAUCACGCAAAAGUGUUCGCCAUUUAACCUCACGUCAACCGAGCUCAAUCUCCAAGAAGAUUUUGUUCGAAAAAAUCAGUCAGCAAAACCGUAAUCAACAAAUUCAUCAAUAAAAUUGUGCAGACAUGGGAGUAUACGAUUCCACCUUUCUGUCAAAUGUAGAGAUGGAGAGUGCGAGCAUACCGAGUGCGCCGAUGGAGAUGAAAACACGAAGACUUCAGACGCAACCAUCGACCUUGGACACGAGAAAGAGGCACGCAGUUUGCGUAAGGAGGGCUUUCAAAAAAUAUGGAUCCAAAAAGAAUCCCCAUGUCGUCCUGGAUGGUCUCAAUAUGACUGUGCCAAAAGGCGUAAUUUAUGGGUUGCUUGGUGCGAGCGGUUGCGGAAAGACCACUUUACUGUCGUGCAUUGUUGGUCGGAGACGCUUAAACUCCGGCGAAAUAUGGGUACUGGGCGGCCGACCGGGUUCCAAGGGGUCUGGCGUGCCCGGUCCUCGAGUCGGCUACAUGCCGCAGGAAAUCGCACUCUACGGCGAGUUUUCCAUUCGGGAAACGUUCAUCUACUUCGGCUGGUGUGCCGGUAUGACAACAGAACAAGUGGAUGAGAAACUGAUUUUUUUGCUCAAGUUUUUGGAGUUACCGUCAGAAAAUCGUUUCGUUAAAAAUCUGUCAGGUGGUCAGCAAAGAAGAGUAUCCCUAGCGGCUGCCAUUUUAGCCGAUCCAGAACUCUUGAUUCUGGAUGAACCGACAGUCGGAGUGGACCCCAUUCUGCGUCAGAACAUCUGGGAUUACCUGGUGCAGAUGACUAAGGAUGGCAACAAGACCAUCAUUAUUACUACUCAUUACAUCGAAGAAACAAGGCAAGCCAACACCAUUGGUCUCAUGAGAAACGGCAAAUUUUUGGCGGAAGAGUCGCCAUCGAAGCUGAUGCAGAUGCAUCGAUUGGAUACUUUAGAAGACGUCUUCUUGAAGCUAAGCAAGAGACAAAAUCUAGGAUUAAGAAGAAGAAGUAGUAUUCUGAGUAGUUUACCGGGCGUUUCGCCCAUUGCUCCUGAAGAUGACUUGGACGAGAUGAGUGGCGAAUUCGGCGAUAACGUAAGCAUAUCUAGUCGACGGAAAAGCGCAGUCAUUGUGGAUGAGGGCAAUGUGCCGGCAUUGCCACCGGAAGAAGAAGGCGAUUCUUCCAAGUACACUGUGAUCAAUCCGAUGCACAUGAAGGCUCUUAUCUGGAAGAACUUCCUGUGGAUGUGGCGAAACGUCGGCAUAAUGAUGUUCGUCAUUGGUCUGCCGGUCGGCCAAAUAAUCCUCUUCUGCCUUUCCAUUGGUAAGGAUCCCAUAGGAUUAAAAUUAGCCGUUGUCAACCACGAGCUCAACAACAGCAUGCAACAGUGCAUUCCUACAACCGGAUGCAAUUGGUCGCAACUGAGCUGCCGAUAUCUUGAGCAUUUGCAGAAAAGAACCAUACGACUGUUACCCUACGACAUUGAGGAUGACGCCACGCAUGCCGUGAAGAAGGGAUGGGCAUGGGGCGCUAUAACAUUUCCGUCCAACUAUUCCGAAUCUCUUGUGGCGAGAAUAGAUUAUGGCAGAGAUGCCGCGGACUGGGACCUUAAUUUCUCGGAGAUGAAAAUCGUUUUGGAUAUGUCCAAUCAACAGAUAGGACAGCUGUUGCAAAGGGAUCUAUUUUAUGCCUUUGAAGAUUUCGCGCGGGAGCUCAUUGUGGCCUGCAAUUAUAGCGAAAAGGUUUCAAGUAUACCCAUAAACUUCAAAAAGCCAAUCUACGGGCCUCAGAAUCCUAACUUCACGGAUUUCGCAGCGCCUGGAGUAAUCCUAACAAUACUUUUCUUUCUCUCAGUCGCAUUGACGUCAGGCUCCUUGCUACUGGAAAGAAACGAGGGUCUGCUGGAAAGAACUCUCGUAUCGGGUCUAACUGGCACGGAGAUUCUCUUCGGUCAAGUGAUUACGCAAUUCGUGGUGGUGCUUGGGCAAUGUUUGAUGGUCCUCGUAGUCUCAUUCGCGAUCUUCAAGGUUACUUGCGAAGGCGAUAUUGUCUGGAUUUCUUUAUUGAGCAUUCUCACGGGUGUCUGCGGCAUGACCUUUGGAUUUGUAAUCGCCUGCUUUGUUGACACUGAAAGGACCGCUAUGUAUGUAGCCAUGGGCUCUUUUCUUCCAAUUGUAAUGUUGUGCGGUAUUAUCUGGCCCACAGAGGGCAUGCAUCCCUUGGUAAAAUAUAUUAGUUUGGUACUACCGCUAACGAAGAGCACGGAAUCGUUGAGGUCGAUGCUGGCCAGAGGCUGGUCGAUAACAGAACCGGCAGUUUAUUACGGCUUUAUCUCCACUUUUAUCUGGAUCAGCAUCUUUAUGAUAUUGGCGAUAUUGUUACUUAAAUUUAAGAAGGGUUAAUUUAACGAAAAAUAAUUUUAUAAAUAUACAAAGAAAUUUAUCAGAUCUUUUCAUAAAUUGUAGUAUAAUAAAAUUAAAUAAAGUAUUCCUAAUUGUUAAAUAUAUUUAGAUAUUAGGUAUAAUCUAAUACAUAUAAGAUUAAAUUAAGUUAAAAAUUAAUAAAAUAAAAAUCUUAACUUUUUCAAUGUUUUGUUACAAUUUUUAUACAUUAAUUUUAUAUGCAUAAGAAAAUUACGAUAUAAAAAGAUUUUACAAUCUUGAAAUGAAUCAUAAGAAAUAGGUCAAACAAUGUAUUGAAAUUUUGUGAUUAAAUUUGCAAAACACA